AUGAAACCUCUAAUACUUUUACCACUUCUAAUACCGUUGGCAUUCACAAAAGAUUUUUGUGUUCAAUGGGUAAUUAUAAAGUCUGGUGAUUCUUGUUGGAAAAUUGCAACGGAUUCGAAUAUCACCGUUGAACAACUGGAACAAAGAAAUUCAGGAGUGUCUUGUGAUAAAUUGUCUGUUGGUGAUAAAUUGUGCCUUGAGAUAUCUUCUAACAAACCAAAAUGUACCGAAAAAACAAAAGUGAUAGAAGGAGACACAUGUUUCAACUUAUGGACAUCUCAUGGAUUGUCAGAGCGACAGUUCAUGGAGAUGAAUGAAGGAUUAAAUUGUAACAAGCUACAAGUUGGAAAAGAGAUUUGUGUAAGUGUGGAAUCAAAUGAUGUGAAAAAUUCACAAACUGUGGACGAUCAGAAACCAUCGCUGCCAAUGGUGGAAACAACGGAAUCGUGUAAUGAGUGCACCAUAAUUAAGAAUGGAGACACUUGUUAUCAAAUUUCUGUCGCUUAUGGCCUCAAACUUGAUGACCUUCAAGAGAAUUAUGAUUGUGAUGCUCUUCAGAUUGGUGACACAAUUUGUGUAUCCAAAAAGUACACAUGCCAACAUCGCAUCGAAAUCAAGGCUGGAGAUACAUGCUGGUUUCUGGAAGGCGCAUUUCAAACUAAUCAGACUGAAAUGGAAAGAGCAAAUGUUGGAGUGAAGUGUGAUAAUCUUCCCGUGGGAAGAAUGAUGUGUGUAUGGUCAGCUGAUGACAGGAAACUCCCGAAUAUGACAUGCACUGAGUGGAAGAAAAUGGAUAGAGAUGGAAAGAACUGCUACGAUGUAGCAAGGGAAAACACUGUGACAAUCGAUCACUUCAAAUUUCUUAAUCCAAGAAUCAAUUGCGUUGAGAAAAUUCCAAAAGACCAAAACUAUUGCGUAAAAAGUCACUCAACUCGACCGUGCUCUUCAAUCCAAUCUGUGGACAAAAGUCAAAACUGUACAAUGAUCCAGCAACACUAUCAAAUCAGUAGUUGGAGGUUGAUGCAUCUGAAUCCGACUUUCAGGUGUGACAGAGUGGAGAAAUCAGAACAAAUCUGCGUUGGAAGCGGUCCAUUCAAACAGGAGCAAUGCGUAACUUCACAGCGAGUAACUCCAGAAAGCGAUAGCUGUGAAAAGCUAAAGAACUUUGAAUGGGGAUCUUUGAUCUGUGUAUCCAGUCUGGGCUUCGAAACAAAAAAUGCUCAGCAGUUAAUCGUUUCUAACUUGAAAGAUAUCGCUCCAACACUAGCCCAAAAGUUCGAAAUAUACAACUCUAAUCCGAAUGAAUCAAAUGAAAACAGAAUGAAUGAACAACUGAUUUCUGAUUUGCAAAAACCUUCUGUGAAUUCGAAACUCAAAGAACUAUAUAAGACCGAUGAGAAGAUUCGGACGAUUUUGGAUAGUCAGCACCCACUACCAAGGCAGUCAUAUUGUGAUGAGAUCAAAAAGACAAAAAUGAGAGACGACAUCAAAAACUGUUUUUGUGGCAACGAUGAGCUUCUGCUUUAUUGUCAAGUGCUGGGCACAAAAAUUUUCAUGGAUAAUCAGGAAGAGGACGUAGAAACACAGAAUGUGACAGCAUUGAGAGCAUUCAGAGCCAAACGUUCAGUUGCAUGUACUUUCUCUACUCCAACAACCGGGGAGGAUAGUCUGGCAGUCUUCAAAAGUUUGUAUGGAGGUUGCUUUGCUGGCGGAUGCUCUUUCCCGAUCGGUCUAGUCGAAAUAGUUGUGGAAGCUAAUAUAUGUGCUCCAGUCGUCAGCUUCGCAGCUGAUACUGUAAUAUUCUGUGAGAAACCUGAAAACGAGUGUACUAAAGUGGAGAACGAGGAUGUUUCUGGACUGGAAUUUCUGUCGGAGAGAAAAUUGGGAGGAAGUAUCAGUCUUUGUGCAAUUGGAUCAAAACUGGUGAAGAUGCUAUCGAAAGGAGGACUCAGCUUAUGUUGGGAGAUUUUGGCAGCAGAUUAUCAUGGGUUCAUUGGAAAGUUGAGCUUGGGCUCAAACUUGAAACUCGUGAUUGUCGAAAUCGAAGGCGGUGCAACAAUGAAAGUACACGGUCUGGCGUUUCCCAAAAUGUGUCGUCAUAGUGAGUUCGAAUGUGAGGAUUACUGUAGAUGGACUUCAGAGGGUUGGAGUAAUGGAAAAGCAUACGGAUAUUUCAAGAUUCGAGCGCUCAAAGUAUUCGGUUUCAGUGGAUUCAAACUCAUUGAAGAGAUUUAUAAUCAGCCAAAAAGAAUUGGUUGUGAUACUGGAAAAGAAGCUGCAGUUGUAAUAAGAAAUGAUAGAACUUGUAAAGAUAAUGACGAUAGAGUUGUGCAGAGAAGAUGCUGGAGUGGGGAUGAUAAGAUGGGAUGGGACCCGCUCGACAAAGAGUGGGGUUUCGCAUUUCAGCCACACGUAUUCGGAAAAACUCUUUUCGUUUGUGAGUUUGUUGACAAAAAUGGGCAGAAACUAGGAUUUGAUGUUUACGGAGGGAAAUCAAAAAAUCGUGGAAAAAGUACAUUUCACUAUGUUGUGAAGAAUGAUGGGAUCUACUUUGGAACUGAAAAAUACAAAGAAGAUCAGCUUGUGGGAUCAUGGAUUAACGGUUGUGAAAAGUUACAACUGGUGGAGUCAAAACCUGAACCAUCGAAGAUUGAAGAACCAACAGGCAGCAGUUCAGUUCCAGCAGCAUCUUGUGGAAAACGAAUUGUUGGAUAUUAUACGGGAUGGGGAGAACGAGAGAUAACAGAAAAUCAAAUAAAGAAACUGACUCAUGUCAUUUUUGCAUUUGUUGCAAUGUAUCCAGAUGGAAGUGUAAAGUUUGGAGCAGUUAGUGAAGAUGAUUCGGGACCGCAAGCUGCUGUGAAAGCAGAGAGAAGAUUCAUGGAUAUGAAAAAGAAAGCGAGGAAUGUGAACUCUGGAGUACGUGUGAUAUUCGCCGUUGGUGGAUGGGACAAUUCACAAUAUUUUUCUUCAGUGGCUGCAGACCCUGUAAAGAGAAAAACAUUCAUCGACUCGGUUGCCUCGUUUAUCAAACAUCAUCAAAUCGAUGGAGUUGAUCUUGAUUGGGAAUAUCCUGACAUGAAUGGAAAAGACAAGAAAAACCAUGUGACUUUGACUCGAGAAUUGAGAGAAAAAUUCAAUGAAAUGGCGAAAGCAAAUGGAAGAACAGACCCUUACAUCAUCACAUUGGCAUCGGCCGCAGGAGAAUGGAAUCUUCGGAAUGGAUACGAUUUGAGCGAAAUAUUAAAGUAUGCUGAUUUUAUUAACGUUAUGACAUAUGACUAUUAUGGUGCAUGGAAUUCCAAAUGGGGUGCCUAUACGGGAACCCCUGCUCCAUUGUAUUUUGGAAGUUUGAAAGGAUUCUCUGGAAAACUGAAUGCAGACUUCUCAAUGAGAUUCUACACAUGUAAAACUAAGAAACCAAGUCAAUUGAAUAUGGGUGUUCCAUUCUAUGGAAGGUAUUGGAAAAAUGUACUUGGACCAAUUGAUAAGACGGAUGAGAUGUGGAGAACUGCUGCACCGAGUAAUGGAGUUUAUGAGGGAGGAUAUGUUGGAUGGAGGAAUUUGGAAAAGGAAGGAUGGAAUAAAGAAGCAACAUCUUGGCAUGAGAAGACAAAGACUCCUUAUAUCCUGAAUUCUGGAGCGAGAAUGUUUUUGGGCUUCGAGAAUGAAAGGAGUUUGAGAGAAAAGAUGAAGUAUGCAACUGAUCGAAAUCUUGGAGGAUUGAUGAUAUGGGCGUUGGAUUUGGACGAUGAUGCAGACACACUUCUCAACUUAGUGUCUUCUGCUAGUCUGUGUUCUGGAGGAAGCGGAGACAAAGUCACGUAUACGUGUGUUCCAAUAGAUGACGUCAGAUGGUGGACACCGGAGAAUUCAGACGAGAAAAAACAAGGGCAGUGUGGAAAAUCUGCUCCGCUAAUUAACGGAUUUUAUCCUGUCUGUGAUCCAGACGACCCGGGAUUCUCUUGUUGUGGAGCUGCGGGUUACUGCGGAAGUGGAAAAGAGUACUGUGAUUGCAAAGGAUGUGUGAACUACCGGAAAGAUCCUAACCUUAUUCUAAAAGAACCAGUGAAACCGUCCAGACCAAUUCAGUGGUAUACACAAGAUGCUCCAGAUGGGAAGAGAGGAAGAUGUGGGAAGGAUGUUCCAAAGAUUAAUGGAGAGAUGGCCAUAUGCAACCCAGAUGAUGACACAAAACAUUGUUGCUCUAACGGUGGUUACUGUGGAGUUGGAAAUGAAUACUGUAGCUGUGAUGGGUGUGUGGAUUUCAAGAAGAAAACGUGA